UUGUCCUCUCCUUACUAAUAGAUUUUAGCUGCUGUAACGCGAGGGAAGGAGUGCUGAAUUGGGGAGUUUUUAAGAGUAACGGAAGCCUUCCUAACCCUACAAAUCUUCGGAAUUACUCUUUUACGUCUUUCUGGAUUGUACAUUUUUUCUAUUUUUUAUUUUUUUAACAAGUAAACAGGGAUGAUUAAUAAAGCACGGAACAUGAAGUUAACAGGAAUAUUUUUGUUAGUGAUGCUGUGGAGCUGCGAGGGCGCCAGAGAGGCAGAGAGCAGGGAUGAUAACAGCGUCUACGACCUGUUCGAGCUGGUGCAGGUGCCCAGGAAGAACCACGGGGUGACCAUGGUGAAGGGGGACGACCCCUACAGCCCUGCGUACAAAAUCCUGGACCCCGACCUGAUCCCCCCGGUGCCCGAGAGCGCCUUCAGGGACCUCAUGGACUCCAUCCAGGCGGAGAGGGGCUUCCUGCUGCUGGUGAACUUCAAGCAGUUCAGGCGCACCAGGGGCGCUCUGCUGACCGUAGAGAAGCUGGACGGCUCCGGGCCCGUCUUCGAGAUAAUCUCCAACGGCAAGGCCAACACCCUGGACCUGGUCUUCUCCACCGAGAGCAAGCAGCAGGUGGUGUCCAUCGAGGACGCGGACCUCGCCACGGGCCACUGGAAGAACAUCACGCUCUUCGUGCAGGACGACCGCGUGCACUUCUACGUGGGAUGCGAGGAUGUCAGCAUCGCCGAGCUGGACGCGCCCAUCCAGACCAUCCUGACCCCCGAGACCCCCGGGGUGGCCAACCUGAGGAUCGGCAAGGGGGCAGUCAACGACAAGUUCAUGGGUGUUCUCCAAAAUGUGCGGUUUGUUUUUGGGACCACACUAGACGCAAUAUUGAGGAAUAAAGGGUGUCAAAACUCAUUCAUGACAGAUACAAUCACCCUGGACAAUCCCAUCAAUGGAUCCAGUCCAGCCAUCAGGACAGACUACACUGGCCACAAGACAAAAGAUCUACAGAUGAUUUGUGGCUUUUCCUGUGAGGACCUUCUUAGCAUGUUCAAGGAACUGAAGAGCCUUGGUGUGGUGGUGCAAGAGCUGUCCAAUGAGCUUCGCAAAGUGACAGAUGAAAACAAUCUGCUCAUGAAACGAAUGGGAAUCCAUGCCGGUGUCUGUCUUCACAAUGGCAUUGUGCAUAAGAACAAGGAAGAAUGGACAGUGGACGACUGCACUGAGUGCACUUGCCAAAACUCUGCGACAGUGUGCCGUAAGAUUUCCUGUCCUCUGAUUCCCUGUGCCAAUGCAACUGUGCCAGACGGGGAAUGCUGCCCCCGGUGUGGAACUCCCAGCGACUCUGCCGAGGACGGCUGGUCCCCCUGGUCUGAAUGGACCCAUUGUUCUGUGUCUUGUGGAAGGGGCAUUCAGCAGCGUGGCCGCUCCUGCGACCGCAUCAAUAACAACUGCGAGGGCACCUCCGUGCAGACCAGAGACUGCUACCUCCAGGAGUGUGACAAGCGCUUUAAGCAAGAUGGCAACUGGAGCCACUGGUCACCAUGGUCCUCCUGCUCAGUCACCUGUGGGUCUGGCGUCAUCACGCGCAUCCGUCUCUGCAACUCCCCUACGCCACAGAUGGGAGGAAAAGACUGCCAGGGCCAGGGCAGGCAGACUGAGAAAUGUGAGAAGUCCCCAUGUCCAAUCAACGGUGGUUGGGGACCCUGGUCACCAUGGGAUAAGUGCUCACUCACCUGCGGAGGAGGCACCCAGAGCCGCAAACGUCUUUGCAACGAUCCUGCACCCAAGUACGGAGGCAAAGACUGUGUUGGUGAUGCUACUGCAACUCAAAUCUGCAACAAACAGGCCUGUCCUAUUGAUGGAUGUCUGUCCAAUCCCUGCUUCGCUGGGGCCCAGUGCACAAGCUUCAAAGAUGGUUCAUGGAAGUGUGGGAAAUGUCCAACAGGUUACACAGGCAAUGGCAUCAACUGCAAAGACAUUAAUGAGUGCAAAGAAGUCCCCGAUGCUUGCUUUGAAUUCAAUGGAGUCCACAGAUGUGAAAAUACAGUACCUGGAUACAACUGCCUUCCAUGCCCUCCUCGUUACAGUGGUCCCCAGCCAUUUGGCCGCGGAGUGGAGGAUGCUGUUGCAAAGAAACAGGUGUGCACACCUCGUAACCCCUGCCUUGAUGGAAGUCACGACUGCAAUAAGAAUGCCCGCUGCAACUACUUGGGACAUUUCUCAGACCCCAUGUUCCGCUGUGAGUGCAGGCCAGGCUAUGCUGGCAAUGGACACAUCUGUGGAGAGGACACUGAUCUGGACGGCUGGCCUAAUGCUGACCUUGUGUGCGUGGAAAACGCCACCUAUCACUGCAAGAAGGACAACUGCCCGAACCUUCCAAACUCAGGUCAGGAGGACUACGACAAGGAUGGAAUUGGUGAUGCUUGUGAUGACGAUGAUGACGAUGAUGGUAUUCCUGAUGACAGGGACAACUGCCCAUUCAUCUUCAACCCCAGGCAGUAUGACUACGACCGCGAUGAGGUUGGAGACCGUUGCGACAAUUGUCCGUAUAACAGCAAUCCUGACCAGACAGACACAGACAACAAUGGUGAAGGAGAUGCAUGUGCUGUGGACAUUGAUGGAGAUGGUAUUCUGAACGAGAGGGACAACUGUCCCUAUCUGUACAACGUGGAUCAAAAAGAUACUGAUCUUGACGGGGUCGGUGACCAGUGCGAUAAUUGCCCUCUGGAGCACAAUCCUGACCAGCUUGACACGGACUCUGAUCGGGUGGGAGAUAAGUGCGACAGCAACCAGGACAUUGAUGAAGACGGGCAUCAGAACAACUUGGACAACUGCCCUUACAUUCCCAAUGCCAACCAGGCUGAUCACGACAAGGAUGGCAAAGGAGAUGCGUGCGAUUUUGAUGAUGACAAUGAUGGCAUCCCAGACGAUAAAGACAACUGCAGGCUGGCCUUCAACCCAGAUCAGCUGGACUCUGAUGGUGAUGGACGUGGAGAUGCCUGUAAGGACGACUUUGACCAAGAUAAUGUUCCUGACAUCUAUGAUGUGUGCCCUGAAAACUUUGACAUCAGCGAGACUGACUUCCGCAAGUUCCAGAUGGUGCCUCUGGACCCCAAGGGCACUUCUCAGAUUGAUCCCAACUGGGUGGUGCGUCACCAGGGCAAAGAGUUGGUUCAGACAGUCAACUGCGAUCCUGGAAUUGCCGUUGGUUUUGAUGAGUUCAACGCAGUGGACUUCAGUGGGACCUUCUUCAUCAACACAGAGAGAGAUGAUGACUAUGCUGGGUUCGUGUUUGGCUACCAGUCUAGCUCUCGCUUCUAUGUGGUGAUGUGGAAGCAAAUUACUCAGACGUAUUGGUCCAGCAAACCCACCAAGGCUCAGGGCUACUCAGGGCUGUCAAUUAAAGUAGUCAACUCAACCACUGGACCUGGUGAACAUCUAAGGAAUGCUCUGUGGCACACUGGGGACACUGCAGGACAGGUGCGCACUCUCUGGCAUGACCCCAAGAAUGUCGGUUGGAAGGACUUCACUGCUUACAGAUGGCACCUAACACACAGGCCAAGAACAGGACACAUAAGAGUUGUCAUGUAUGAAGGAAAGAAGAUCAUGGCAGAUUCUGGAAGAAUCUACGACAAAACCUAUGCAGGUGGACGACUAGGUCUCUUUGUGUUCUCACAAGAGAUGGUAUACUUCUCAGACCUCAAAUAUGAAUGCAGAGAUGUAUAAUUGCACAAGCAAGACAUUCUUGGAAGAAUUGCACCUUUCUGUAUAAAUAAGAAUAUGUACUCCGUGCAAAGUCCAGGGACAGAUUUCCCGCUACUUUUUCUUCUGGAGCAUGAACUCUGGUGGGGCAGAAAAGCAUGUGGUCAGUUUCAGUAUAACCAGUGCUGGUUUGGAUGGAGCCCAGCUGACUGCCCCUGGAGAAUCAGGACCCCUCCACCAAGAGCAGGUAGAGCAGAAACAAGCUCCCCAUCGCUUUGCUUCAUCGGAAAGACUGAUCUCUCUCUCUGAGAAACCUCAUUCAGGUCUGUGUGGGAGGGGUUCCCUGCAGACAACUAUGCACUUCAAUCUCUCUCUCUCUCUCUUUCUCUCUCCGUCUCUUUCUCUCUCUGCAUUCCUUCUCUGAAUGGAUGUCCAAAGACGGGGCCAAGUCUGAGACUGUAUUCAAAACCUGUACCCAUGAUAAUUUAUUUUAACAUUAUUUUGCCAAACAUGAAAAAGAGUAAAGAUGCUUUAGUACAUUAAGGGCAUAUUAUGAACCGGCAAGCUUUGGAUUAUGCUUAAAAUAUAUGCUUUCUUUUAGUCACUCUUUUAAUUGAACUCAAAAACAAAUCUAUUUAAACCCUUAGACACAGUAUGUCUGCUAAUAGAAUAUUUUGGAGUUUCAAAGAAUGUUUUAGGUUAUUCCUAUAAUGAGUGGUGGAAAGUAGACAACUAGGUAUGAUAUGUUAGUGGGCAUAGUUUCCUCAGGGUGAGAUGGGUAACUCCAUCUUAGCAAACAUUUCAGUUACCUUAGUGGCUGUGUUAAAGAGGGCUUGGGCAGAGUCAGGAUCAGAAGUCAUUAGGAGGGAGUAAGGUUAAUCAUGACUGCUAUUAAUUGAGCUCUUUUAAAACUAAGAAACAGGAAAGUAUUAAAACUGUAACUUACAUCUCUUUUGAUAUCUCCAUAAAAUCAUAAGGUCAAAUGUAAGACCUUUACAAAAGGCCAAUUUUGUAUUUAAAAAAAGCACUUGCAAAAAUAUCAGCUGUUGGACCUGUAUUUAUUAUCUGAUACUGGAAAUGAUAGAAGUGACAUCUUUUGGAAAUACCAUCAUUUUGUACAUAAAAAAGUCUUAUUUAUCAUUUAUAAUAUAGUAAAAUCUAACAGCGAAUUCUCUCCAAAAUUACAUCUCUGGGCAUGACUCUGCCCAAAGCUCUCCACUACACCCUUUAUAGUGUCUUCAUUGAUGACCUAUAGAGGAGAAGUUCUGAAAAGUGUGUUUGACCUGCGUGCCUUUUGUGUAGAGAGUUAAAUGAACACUUCGAUGUACAAAUAUUACCUCAAUACUGUUGUAUAAUUUGAUCAGACAAAUAAUAAUAUUUUCAUAAUGUUAAAAAAAAGCAGAUUUGGUUACCUUCAUAUUGCUACUGUAGCACAAGCUGUAAAUAGUAUUUCUUUGUUAAGAAGCACCCUGCCUUUGACCCCUACGGUAAAUAGAGCAAGAUGGGAGUUUUUAAUGCUAGUGCUUCCAGUGUCCAGUACUUUUUGUAAAACCGAUAAAUUAUUGUGCUGUUUGUUGUCUGUAAGACUUGUGUUUCAUAUGAAAAAAGUGUGUAUUUGGUUUCUUGUGCGUAUGUGUAUGUGUGUUUGUAUGUAUGUUUGUGUUUAUGUGUGUAGAUAAGUGCUAUUUAAAUAAUUUAUCAGGGGAUGCAGCCUCAGGAGGCAUUUCCAUCUGUAUAAACAGUUUGCACACUGAUGUGAGGAUGUUCUGUCCUUUAUUGUUUUUACUUUUAUGUUGUUAUUAUUUUUGUACAAUUAGUUAUGCUUGUCUGUAAACAUUUUUACUUAGUUGUACAAUGCAAAAUGCAAUUUUUUAUUCAUAGCAAUUAUUUUGGUACAUACUUCAGAACAAUAAACAAAUGUUAAACAUA